GCUCUUUUACUCAGUCUGACAGUAGAUCUAAGUCAGUCCACUCGCUGUGAUAUUCUUAUUGUGAAAUGACAAGGAGAAAACACAGGAAGUGUUGAGAAAUUAACACACCACUGCUCUGUCAGUCUGUCAUUAGUGGUACAGGAUGGAGCUCAGUUCACUCCCUGUGAUGCUCAUGUUGGUUUCACUUUUACCAGUGGCUCAUGCUCAAGCAAAACCCACACUAACUGUGAGAUCAUUACUUUGGAGACUCAACACUGAAAACACCAUCACUCUGAGCUGUGAGCUGCAGGAUUUAAGAGAAUGGGAGUUCUUCUGGUACAGAAAUUCACAGAUUGUGAGCACUGUAGCGACGGAUACCAACACAUUCAGUGUGAACGUCAAUAAUGCAGGAGAAACAGUGUAUCAGUGUGGAGCACGCUGGAGAAGCAACUACAACUACAACACAGUGCUCAGUGAUCCUGUCAAGAUCACAGCAAAAGCAAAACCCCAACCAUCUGUGAGAGUAAAUCCUCAACACUCCAUCUACACUGGAGACACCAUCACUCUGAGCUGUGAGUUGCAGGAGACGACUGGAUGGAAGUUUUUCUGGUACAAAAACUCACAACUUGUGAACAACGUAGCUACCAACACACUCCACAUUACAGUUGAUAACGCAGGAGAACCAGUGUAUCAGUGUCGUGCAAGCAGGAUAAUCUACAACAUCUAUAACAACUAUCAAUACUUCUACACAGGACUCAGUGAUUUUCUAAAGAUUAAAGCAAAAGAGAGACCACAGGCAGUACUGAGUGUAUCUCCACAGAACUGGCUGACUGAAGGAGACUCAGUGACUCUAAGCUGUGAGGUUACAGACUCCUCUACAGACUGGACAUUCAGCUGGUACACAGUUGUUCCCUACAGAGACAGUGUAACUCAAAUAAAACAUACUGACUAUUUCAUGUAUGUGGAGCUUCUCUCAGACAGCAGCAGAGGAUCUGGAGGCUCCUACACUUUCAGUCCUUCUGCUCUUCAUCACACAGGAGUUUAUGUGUGUAGAGGAGAGAGGAGAACCAGUCAGUCACACACUGUACAGCAAUCCACAGCCUCUAUGGAUCUCUGGUGAAUCUCCUCCAGUGUCUCUGAUCAUCAGUCCCAGCAGAACUCAACACUUUACUCGUGACUCUCUCUUACUGAGCUGUGAGGACCAGAGUAACUCUACUGGAUGGACAGUGAGACGAUACACAGACAGUGAAGGAGUGUUAGAUUGUUCACAGUGGGGAUCAGUUACAGGAUCUACAU